UCCCCUGUUGCACACGUGCUUCGUUGUCUGCGCUGAGUGUCGCCGCUGCUCCGGGGGCCUCGGCGCUGCAGUUCUCUCUCAUCGUGCGAAAAGGUUUCCGUGCAAAAUGACGUUGGAGGCUAUCCGGUACCGCGCUGGAUCGUUGCAGAUCCUCAAUCAGCUCCUGCUGCCUCACCAGACCGCUUUUGAAAGUAUCACUUCGGUGCAGGAGGGCUGGGAGGCCAUUAAAUCCAUGAAGGUGCGUGGCGCUCCUGCGAUUGCCAUAGUUGGUUGCCUCAGCCUGGCGGUGGAGUUGAAGAACGGCCCGCAACGCGAGAGGGACGAGCUGGUGACCUUUGUCUGCGACUCCUUGAAUCACCUGGUGACCGCCCGGCCCACGGCCGUGAACAUGAGCAAGGCGGCCGCCGAACUUGCCGAGUUUGUGGUCCAGCAGAGUAAAGAAGACAACGUGAGCACGCAGACCCUGCAGGAGAGUGUGAUUGGCUGGAUUGAAGAAAUGCUAGAGAAGGACGUCAGCGACAACAAGAAGAUUGGCAAUUUUGGGGCACAGCAUAUCCUGUCGGGCAUCAGUCAGGGGAAGGUCACCAUCCUGACCCACUGCAACACGGGGUCGCUGGCCACAGCGGGGUACGGCACCGCACUGGGUGUGGUCCGAUCCCUUCAUUCGAUGGGCCGGCUGGCUCGUGUCUUCUGUACUGAAACUCGCCCCUACAACCAGGGGGCUCGUCUUACAGCCUAUGAGCUGGUCUUUGAGGAGAUCCCGGCCACUCUUAUCACUGACAGUAUGGUGUCCAUCGCCAUGAAAGUGAAGGGCAUUUCAGCGGUGGUGGUGGGUGCUGACCGAGUGGUUGCCAAUGGAGACACAGCCAACAAGGUUGGCACCUAUCAACUGGCAAUUGCCGCCAAGCACCACAAAAUCCCCUUCUAUGUGGCAGCGCCCAGCACGUCCUGCGACCUGAGCUUGGAGAGCGGGCGGGAGAUUGUGAUCGAGGAGAGGCCAGCGCAGGAGCUGACAGACAUCAAUGGCACCCGCAUCGCAGCACCAGGUAUCGACGUCUGGAACCCCGCCUUCGACGUGACACCCCACGAGCUCAUCACAGGGGGCAUCAUCACGGAGCUGGGGGUCUUCUUGCCCUCGGAGCUACAGGCUGCACUCACUGGAAGGCUGACUGCUCUUUAGGUCGCCCAACAGGGUAUUGGGGGUGUGUUGUUGGGGGUGGUGGGGUGGGUGGGCUUUAGUGAUCAUGUAGGCGCAUUGACUACAGAACAGAAUCAAAUUGGGGUGCUGUAUCAGGUUAAGCAGCUACACUGUCCUCACGAUUAAGGAAAGUGGACCAAACGGGCCGAGCGAAGUGGGACGGGGUCAAGUGCCAUUGACAGACGGGUAGGCAAACGGGCUUGAGGUGUGGGAGAGGGGGAUUAACGGGGAACGUGUGAUUGAACAACACAUGGAGUUUGUUCUUUGUGGCGUAUCAUUGUGCUCCAGUCGGCUGAACUGCAGAACUCCCGAGGCUCAGGAAUGGCUAGAAUGUAGGAGUCGUGGCCGCCGAUUGUGGCACAUUACAUUUGUGAACUUGUGACACUGCCUUGUUUUCUUUUUUCUUUUUUUUUGUACAAACCAAAUAAACUUUUUAACAGAUAA